GUGCAAAUCAGACUCACUCUGCACAGAGAGAUGUACAGCACAGAGAUACAGACAUGACACCUACAAUCAUCUCAAAGGAGCAUCUCCCUCUCAACAACAAGGUGAGAAAGCCAACAGUGGAGAAGAUGCGCAGAGAACGUAUCAACAGCAGCAUUGAGCAGCUCAAGUGUCUUCUGGCUCCAGAGUUCCUCAAGCAGCAGCCUGAUACCAAGCUGGAGAAAGCAGAUAUCCUGGAGAUGACCGUCAGUUUCCUGAGACACCAGCAGUCUGUUCUGGACUCCAGUUCACAUGCUGUCAAUCAAGGCUUCUCCAGGUGUGUCUGUGAGAUUGUGCACUUCCUGUCCAAAGAUGAUCUGAAGACACAGAGAAGACACUUCCAGAACCUGCAGAUAUCAUGUGAGCAGAACAGGAGGGAAAGUGUCCUGCCUCAGCUGAACUCCUCAAACCAGAACACCUUCAGUAAAGAGAUGAAUGUCAGCAAGAGCACCAUCUGGAGGCCUUGGUAGAACUCUACAUGAACUGAUCAUGGACAAAACAAUUCUGUUUCCAGUAUGGAAAAGGUAUCUGUACUGUAAAGUACUCUGAUGAUUCAAUCUUCUAUGAAGACUCCAUGUAAAGAAGUCCAGAUGGGAAAAUAUACUGACGUCUAUAUUAGACAACAUUGACUUUUACAUUAGAUACAUCUUCAGCAGUUUUUUUUUAACUGUAUUAUUGUCCUGUCUCAGGACUGAAUCUGCUAGAAUCUCAUAUAGUUGAGGUUUUUUUUUUUAUGUAUUGUUAAAUACUUGUUCCUGUCUUCAAUGAAGACUUACUAUCACGAUCAAAUCACACCAUGACGUGAAAUCACAUGAUAUUGAUGAUUAAAUAAUUCAUUUUAAAUUAACAGUUUUUAAUCUGAAUUUGGUUUAAUGAAAGCAAUGCUAUCGUUUUUACCUUUUACCCUUUUUAUAGGGAAAAUAAAUACAUUUCUUUUUCAUUAUUUGAAUUAGGCCAUUAUUCUCACAUUGAGAGGUGGUUGUUUAAUCAUAACCUCUGCUACAGUUCUGUGCAAAUGUAAAUGUGUCUUUUGAAAAGACUGUUGAAUGAUGCUGAAACUCUGCUCUAUUAAGAGUACAAUGUAUCUUGGGAAUUUUCUAAGCAAUUGUUGUGAUAUAUUAUCACUUUAUGACAUAAUGACAAAACAGAUAUUCAUGAAAAUAAAAUCAG